AUGGAUGAUGAUGACCCUGCAUUAAACAUGCUGUUUGUGCCCCCAAAACUGUCCCCAAAUGUCCGCUGUGUGUUCUCCAUGAUCCCGGGGACCCCUCAACACAAGGCCCUGAUGAAACGGGAGAGCCAACCCAAAGAACUCCCUGUGCAGCCCCUGGAUAUGAAAGCUAGAGAGGAAAUUGUCCAGACAUUCUUUUCCACCUACAACAAACAACUUGAUCCGAGUCAGUUCAAUUUACUGAUGAAUAAACCGUCCACUAAUAAUCCACUCUGGCUGUCCAUUGCGUUAGAGGAGCUGCGCGUGCAUGGGGACUUCUUCACUGUGACGGAGAAGAUUAAAAGUUUGAAGGAGGAACUGCCAGGGUUACUGUCCCAAGUUUUAGAGAGGUUUGAGAGAGAAGCUGGCGGCAACCUGUUGAUUGCCACCCUGUGCAUGAUUGAGGUGUCCAAGGGCGGGCUGCUGGAGUCUGAACUUCUAAUUCUCCUGUCAGAUGAAGAAAACCUCAUGCCUCCAUCUAGUGGGGCUGAAAAGGGUGCCAGAGAUGCCCCAGAGAAACGAUCAGCAGCACAGAAAGGGGCAGCUAGAGGGCAGCUGAGCUACUUCAAGUGGGCUUCAGUAUACAGAGUACUGAGGCCCUUCCUCCGCCCAUAUGGCCAAAGUGGAGAAGGCCGACUGGAUUUUUAUCACAGGACACUAAGCAAGGCCAUAAGACAGAAGUAUUUCAAUGGGCAAUCUGAAGAGGGAUGUGAUACUAACACAAAGAAAUUGUACAGGUGGUGGCAUAGCAAACUUGCUGACUUCUUCUUGGGUUUGGAUAAUAUAGAACGAAAGGAAGAGGAGCUUCCCUUUCACCUGAUAGAGCUAGGAGACACUAACAGGCUGGAGAAAGUUCUACUGGAUUGGGCAAUGUUUGACAGGCUUUAUCGUGAAGACUGGAGCGCUCAGCUUCACACCUACUGGAGGCAGGUUGGUGACACAGACAGAAUGAAAACUCUCUACCUGGAAGCUUUGCACAACAUGGAAAAUUCUCCUGAUUUUGAUGAGGCCCGGUUGGCUUUGAGAUAUGAAAAAGUUGCAAGGGUAUUGUCUCAAGUGGGGUUCUUUGAAGAACCAAAAGCAUUAGCAGAAAAGGCCAUGGCUAUGGAAGAGACGCUGUUGGGAAAGAGACCAGAGAGAAUGGCACGUCUGUACAAUCUGAUGGCUAAAGUCUGGGAUGAGGGAGUCAUAAAGAAAUAUGAAUUUAUGUACAGAAGUCAGUUACCAGACCUGAAUACUUGCAUCGAGUGGUAUGCCAAGGCCAUUGAUGCCAUCAAACCCUUGGCUGUCAACUCCAAAGAACUCAAGUCCAAGUGGGCGUCUGACAUGUCUCGGAUCACGUUUCACCUGUCUGGGUGGUCCCUGCGUGGCGGUAACACCCAGCGUAGUGCACAGGCAGCAUUGACGGAUGGGAAGGAAUAUAUUAAAGCUGCGCAACAGGUCUUUGAGGAGCUUAAUGACAUUGGGAUGCUUGCUGAGACAACUAUGACUGAAGGAUUGUUAUGUCAAAGCGCUGUGCCUGAACAACUCAAGCUUUAUGAAAAGGCCAAAACAAUGUGUUACCAGGUCUAUGGAGAAAAGUGCAUUUUGGCUUCUCGGAUCAUGACAAAUACAGGCAUUCAUUAUGAAGAGCUGGGAGAUUACCUGAAAGCCUACGACUGUUUUAAGAAACAAGCGUACCUUUGUGUGGAGAUCUAUGGCCCCAAACAUCCCAUGACCGUGCGGUCAAUGAACACAAUCAGAGAACCAAUGUACAGACGCAUUGGGGCUCAGUUAGGGGACCCUCCUCCACCUCCAGCAGAGUAAAACUAUUUGUGCGCAGUUAAGAAACCCUACAGUACCUCCAGUAUUAAAUAAAACCAUUGAUUCUUUCAAUGCUCCAUUUUAUAAAUCAGUAUAGAAAUACAUUACUUUCGGAUAUUACACCCUAAACUCAAAUGAGAAAGAAAAAAAUGAAGUUAUGAUUGAGAUUUUAUUUUAGAAAUGCAGAAAUUUUGAAAGCUUGAUGAUUGACAUUGGCUAGAUGUUAUAUACAUAUCUGAGCGUCUCACAUCUCCUCUACCAGAUAAACUGGAAUAUACUUG